CAAAAACUCCGCCGUCGAGUUGGGUCUUUCUGGUGAGCCUCUCCUCUCCCUUCUUCUCGCACUCUCUAUCUCUCCCAGACCCCCGCGUUCUCUCGCAUCCUUCGCCUCCGCCGCCCUCUCUCAGCCGAGGAAGCGUCCCGCAGCGUAAAGCUUUAGCCUGGCCGUGCUGAGAACAACCCGUGCCCCGCGCAGAGCAUGUCACAACGGCUUCCCCAGCCCACGCUUCCUGAGGCGCAUCUGGCACAUCUGGACUCGAUGCUGUCACGAAAGUUCGGCAAGGAGGUGGCCAACUACUUCUCCGGGAACCCGCUGAAUCGAGUCUCCUUCCUCCGGCCUGACCACGCCUUUCUUGCCGCCGCGCUUAAGCAUAGCUCCACUUCCUUCUUGCUCUUCAACAACCUAAAUCCCUUGAUCAAGGAUCCCAGUCAGCUUGCUUUUGCAAAGUAUGACGACGUAAAACCCAUCAUCGGCGACAGCGUCUACGAGGGCACGGAGGAGUCGUACAUCAAAGCGUACAACUCGUCAAAGUACGUGCCCCAGCUCGUCUUCCUUGGUCUGGACGACAAGCGCGACGGCCUCGUGUACAAGGAGCACUACAAAGGAGUUCCUUAUUUCGCUGUAGACAUCACGCCGCAGAAGCAUGUCAAGGAUGCCGCCGAGGCUCUGAUCGCCUCGCUGAAGGAGCAAGGUCUUUCGUUCUCCGAAGGUCGCAUGAAUCUCAGCCUGAAUGCCCAGCAUGCCGCGAUCUACGCAGAGGCCCGUCAUGUGCUCGAUUGGAACGCGAGGAACCCCUUCUGUGCUGGCUGCGGCCAGCCAACGCUCAGCGUGAAUGGCGGCUGGAAGCGCGCAUGCCCAGCAACGGACUUCGCCGCGGAAGACGGCUCCACGAGCGAGACGGCGCGAGAUCGCCCCGUAUGCGCCACCAGGCAGGGCAUCUCGAACCUCAGCUUCCCCCGCACCGAUCCCACCGUCAUCAUGGCCGUCGUCUCCUCCGACGGCUCCAAGAUUCUGCUCGGCCGCCAGAAACGCUGGCCGCCCUACUGGUACUCCACUCUGGCUGGGUUCCUGGAGCCAGCCGAGUCGGUUGAAGAGGCCGUGCGACGCGAGGUCUGGGAGGAGUCUGGGAUCCACCUCGGCCGCGUAGUCAUCCACAGCACCCAGCCAUGGCCGUACCCGGCCAACCUGAUGAUCGGUGCAAUUGGCCAGGCCACGCCGGACGGGGAGACGAUUCAUCUGGGACAUGACGCAGAGCUCGAGGACGCGAAGUGGUUCACGACUGAGGAGGUGAGGGAGGCGCUAAGGGUGGGCACGAGUGGGCUGGGCGAGGCUGCUGGUCCAGAAUAUAAAGAAGGAAAUCUGCGGCUGCCACCAGCGACGGCCAUCGCGCAUCAGCUGCUGAGCGGCGUUGUCAAUUCAGGUUUCUUGGCCGGCGUUGUGAAGAUGUGAGAAGCGUGCACUGGGGUAUGUGCAUUUCGUUCCUCUUCCCACCCUGUUUUCCUUAUUGCCAUGCUUCAAGAGCUUCUCCUGCGGCUCCAAGAGGCCCUUCUUUUUCUCUCUGGUCGUUCGUAGACAUAAACCUAUUUUGUUUAUGCGUAGACGAACAAAUGGUCGCGAAGUGGACGACCUCUUUGAUGUGUAUAGACGAGCAUGAAUUGUAAAGGCGAUCGGGGCUACUGUUUUCCCUUGGUCAGUUA